UAUUUACUCUUUCCAAGCCAGUGCUUAGAAGUGCUCCUAUAUAUACCAGCUUAUGUGAUAUAAGCUUCUUCAUCCUUGUUCAUUGUGUCCUGAUCUUACAGAAAGGUAGCAACUGCGUACCAAGCUAAGCUCUUUUUCUACUCUUAACGCUAUUAAGCAAUGCUGCAAAAGAUUGUCAUAAGAGUGAAGCAUAAGUGCAAGAAAUGUCAAUCAAAAACCUUGAAGAUUGCUGCUAUGUCAACUGGAGUCAACUCGGUGGCAUUAGAAGGUGAGAAGAAAGAUGAAGUGGUGAUAAUAGGAGAACAAGUAGAUGCUGCUGGUAUAACCAGCUUGUUGAGGAAGAAGGUCGGCCACGCCAGCUUGGUGCUUGUUGAUGAAAUCAAGUGAAGAGAAAGUCUGAAAAAUGAGCUGCAUUAAGAAUAAAUGUAACCAUGGGGUGUAAUAAAGAGAUAUAUUUGUGAAUGUUAUAUGUUCAUUGUCAACAAUAUCUUUCUUUAAAUUUUAUGAUGAAUGAUCAUUUAGUGUGAUACUUUUAGCUUCAA